AUGGGGCUCCUCGAUAAAAUACGGCCCAGCAAAGGCGACAGCGCCAACAUCAAGAUCCGCGUCGACUCAAACCGCUGGGAGAGGAUCCGGAGUGGCCUGUCCGACCUGGGCACAGGUAUCAGACCAUGGCUGCCACCACUCAACUACAUCACCAUUCAUUAUGCAUACUUUCUGGUCGUCGGACUUGUCGCGACCCUUGUUUUCUGGGGCGCUUCUCAUCCCGCCUUGAGCGUUGGCUUCUGGGACAGCAUGUUCCUGGCCUUUUCUGCCCUGACCUCGGCCGGUCUGAACACGGUCAACAUAAGUGCAAUGUCCACCGGCCAGCAGGUCAUCUUGGCAACCCUCCUUAUGCUCGGGAAUCCGAUCAUGAUAUCAAUUUUCACCCUAGUCUUCCGCAUGUACAUCUUUGAGAGACGCUUCAAGGAUAUCGUGCAGGCUGAAAGAGAGCGGAAGAUGAAGGCGACUGGGGCAGUGGUCGGGAUGGCCGGCGCCAUGUUUGGCCUGCCAGUCAUGUCUACAUUUCGGUCGCGGGACAAGACUGAAUCCAAAUCACGGAAGUUUCGAAGUGCAAUCACUCGCGAUCGGGACCAAGCUAAUGUGGCAGGCAUGGGCACCAAGAUUGCCGGGUCUCCCGAGACAAGCAAAUCGUCAAAGUCAAAGUCACCAACACCAAGUGAACUGGCUGAGAAAAAGGCACAGGUUGACUUGGAGGCUGCGAAAUCUCCGUUUCUGGCCCCACCAAAGGCGGGCUCUUCAGACAUGCCUAUGAGCCCCGGAGGGCGAAGCAUCAAGUUCCUGGACCCUAUUACUGAGGGCGAGCCCAGCCAAGCAACGGGACUUGGAGUCUCGAGUGCAUACCAGCGUGGCAGCCCCCAGAUGUCCAGGCAGAAAUCCGCAGUCAGCCAAGACGCCGGGAGUCGGCGUCCAGCUCGAUCGAACCAGGAGCAGUCCUUCAGCAUCGACACAUUUCUGAAACAGAACAAGGUCAAUGUUGGACGGAACGGGCAGUUCCACAACCUGACAGCACGGGAACGGGAAUACCUCGGCGGCGUUGAGUACCGCGCAAUCAAGCUCCUCAUCGCCACGGUGACGGUGUACUUCUUCCUUUGGCAGCUCCUCGGUGCCAUCGCUCUCGGAGCCUGGAUUGCAGUCAACAACCCUUCAGCCGCUGCAGAGAACGCACAGAACCCCUGGUGGACGGGUGUGUUCAUUGCAAUCUCCGCAUUCAACAACGGCGGCCUGACCCUCUUGGAUGCUGGUAUCGCGGCGUUUGAGAGCGGGUGGUUCCUCUUGGUGGUCACAGUCUUCCUUAUGCUCGCGGGCAGUGCGGCAUUCCCUGCAUUCCUAAGGCUGAUCCUCUGGUGUAUGGCUCAGGUGCUGAAAUACGGCACCCAAGAGGAAGACUAUGCUAUCACGAAGGAGACCCUUGACUUCACGCUCAAAUACCCGCGCCGAGUGUACACGAUGCUCUUUCCCUCGAAGCCUACCUGGUUGCUCGUGGCGAUGCUUGUUGUUAUGGUGGCGGCAGACUGGAUUGCGUUAUUGGUCCUGAGCAUCGGAAAUUCGGCCCUCGACACGGACCCCUCGGGCGAGCGAGUAUUCAACAUGCUUUUCCAGUCAAUUUCAAUUUGGUCCGGAGGCUUCGCUAUCAUCAGCCCGUCCGCUGUCUACUUUGACAUUCAGGUGCUCUGGCUGGUCAUCAUGUACCUGGAAACAUAUCCAGGAACCAUCACCAUGCGAAACUCGAACGUUUACGAAGAGAGGUCGCUCGGGAUUUACGCAGGAGACGAUGAGCCUGCCAGCGACGAGAAGCCGGACCCUGGAAAAGAAGACACUGCCCAGUUUGCUGCCCAGACACUGCUGUCCGUGCCACAACAAGGCAACAAUGGACCGUUCUCCCCCACCUCGGCCUUUUCCCAGACCUCGAACAUGUCCACCCGCUCCAUCAAGAAACUUGCUCAGGUUGGCCGACGUGGGACAGCCUUUGUCGGACGCCAGAUCCAGCGGCGCAUGACAGGCUUCCAAGGCGUGGGCGUCAGCGCACCAAAGAGGCCAGGUCGCGUAAACGGAGGUGCAUCAAAAAGCACGUUCUUCCACGUCACGCCCAAUCCCGGUUCCUCUCCAUCACCGUCCAAUUCGUCUUCGGCAACAAUCACAUCCAUAUCUACUCAGAACGAAGGAGAAGUCGACCUUGUCUCGCAGCACGUAAGGAGCCAGCUCUCCCACGACAUCUGGUGGAUGGCCCUCGCCAUGUUCCUCAUUGCAGUUAUCGAGACGAAACAUAGCCUCCUUGACCCGGAGACCUACAGCGUGUUUAAUAUCAUGUUUGAAGUUGUGAGUGGUUACACGAACAUAGGACUGUCACUCGGCCUGCCAAAUCAGGCGUAUAGUUUUAGUGGAGGUUUAUAUACGGGCAGCAAGGUCGUCAUGGUGCUGGUCAUGGUACGAGGGAGACACCGCGGCUUGCCUGUGGCCCUGGAUCGUGCUGUAAGGCUGCCAAAAGAGCAACUGGACGACGAGGAAGAGGAAGACGCCGAGAUCAGAAGGGCUAUAAGUCGGGACACUAGUGUGAGGAGUCGCGUGGUCAGUCGGAGAGUGUCUUUUGACGGGCCGUCGCCGUGA